CCCUGAUUCAUACCUUCAGCACCUGAAAUUCGCUACCAUAUAUGCCGGCGAUCUUGGAAAACCUGCGCGCAUCAGUUUAUCACCAGUGGGCGCACCGCCCGAGCCCCCCAUGACGCCGCCGCAAGAUGCCACGCCGAAGCCCCCCAAAUAUCCUGCCAAUUUGGAGACGUCCAUGAUAUUACCCAAGCAGCGCGCUUCCCCUGCUUCCUCGCUGGCGUCGUUGCCAUAUCGCAGGUCGAACCCGUCGCUACAGAAAUUGUUCGAGUCUACGGCUUCUAUAUCAGGAUCACGCCCCAGCUCCGGUACGGCCACGCCUACCGCACCGCCGUCCACCAUACCGAGUUCCCUCUUUUCGCCAGGCUCAAGAUACAAUGGGGCCGGUACUCCAGGAAGCCUACCGCCGGGUGUAUCCGAUGAACAUAGAACAUUGAUACAAAGAGCCUUUGCACCACAUGUGGCGGUACUAGCGGACACGGAAACGGAGGAACUCAUACGGGCAAAGGGUUUCGAGGGAGGAUUAUUACAGCUGCUGCGACCAUUUGGAGAAUCUGUGCCUGGCAAAGUUACAAUAAGAGACAGCGUAGGCGCAAGCAAGAGUUAUGAGGAUUUUGGGGUACGAUUCGUGGGGGUUAAUGAGGGGCUUGGGUUGCCGCCUAUGCCUGGAAGAGACUCGACCAGUGGCCAAAAGGAAGGCGGAAGGGCUUCUUCGAGUUCAAUACGGCCACGCCGCUUAGGCGGUGAUGUUCCGCAGGUUGAGGAAUUGGUCGAUCGUCAUCUGCAGUACUCGGAAUUUAAUUCCCAGGACAUGGUGGCUGAUUACCUUAACCAAGGUGAACCACAACCGCAAGAAAGCACAACAUCUCCAUUCUAUACACUAUAUCUCCGGCGGUUGCUAUCGGGUCUUCCACUUGUCCCACACGAAACGUUCGCCCAUCCAGUGGCCGGUAUCAUCGCCAUCUCGUCACGGAAUGCCAAUCCAAUAGAAGAGCUUAGGAGACUCUACAGCAGGCAGCAUGACGGCGACCUGCGAUUCCCGCAAUGGGUGGAGAACGAUUAUCUUCGCUAUUACGUCCUGGUACACGAUGAAGAGACAGGGGAUAUUGCAAAGUCCAACCAGACCUUCGAUUCAAUGAAACGCCAUUUCGGUUUACAUUGCCAUCUGCUGCGGUUGAAAAGCCAACAGUGUAUACCGUCGGACGAUGACAGCGUGCGGUUACCAACAUGCGAGUGGAUGUCUGCGUCAGAAGAGCUGGCAGAAAUCCAAAAGCGAGAAACCUCGGACGAUAUAACAGAUCCCACUCCGUAUCUUCCCGACUCCGACAUUACCGCCAUACGAACCUUCAUCCGUGAACUCGUCGCCCAAUCUAUAGUCCCUAACAUGGAGCGCGCCGUCUCGACAUGGAACGAGCAGAUUCUUGCCCGGCGCCGCGGCAUCUCAGGCCGGUUUAUGUCGCUUUCCAAACGCUGGACCGGCUUCGGCGGAUCUCGUACAUCUUCCUCGUCCUCUUCAACUUCGAACUCAAACUACGACAGCCUCCAAGGCUUCUACCGCCCGGAUGCACCCGAAGCCCUGAUGCGCAAACUCGCAGACUACUGCUUCAUGCUGCGCGACUACAAGCUAGGCCUCAGCACGUACGAUAUCCUGCGCGCCGACUUCCAAACGGACAAGGCCUGGCGCCACUACGCGGGCGCCGCCGAAAUGGCCGCCCUCUCCGCCCUACUCUCCCCGGGCCCUCUGACCUCCAAAACCCGCACAGAUACCGUCAACACCCUGAUCCAGGACGCGAGCUACAGCUACACCGACCGCCAACGCAGCGCAGCACCAUACUACGCUUUGCGCACGCUAGCCCUAGGCCUCGAGCUCCUACGACUACGUGGCUCAUCCGCCGCAGACGACGCCGCGCGCUGGGCCUCGCGCAUUCUGGAAACGGGUCUCGUAGGCCCCAUCGGCGCGGCCCUCUUCACACAACGCAUUGCCGCCUGCUACGUCGUCCGACCGGGCGUCGGCACGUUGCGCGUCGGGUCCCGCAGGCGCAAGGCUGCGUUCUGGGCCGUCCUUGCCGCCGAGACGUGGUGGAAGAUGGAGCGCGCACUACAAGCGGAUCGAUGUCUCGAGCUCGCUACCUCACUAUAUGGGAGCCGUGGCGAGGACGGAGAGCUCGUGGGCUUACCAUCUCAAGACAUGCAGGCUUUCGUCGAUGCGCUAAGGCAGCAGAUCAUGGGGCUGCGGCUCGCGAAUCGCGGCUUCGUUGAAGGUGGUGAUGCUCUUGGCGAUGGUGAUGGUGAAGACGGCGUAGGUGAUACUGGUGUUGACGAGAAGCGCUUGGUUGUAGAAGACGAGGCGCUGGAGACGCUCGAUACGAGUCCCAGACAGCAUAGGAAGAGCUUGAUUGGGGUCCCGGCGCCGGCGGUGGAUGUAGGGCCGUUGAGCCCGAGGGUGGAUAGAAAGACGCAGGACGGCGAGGUCAAGGAUGAUCAUUUCGAGGGGGCGUGAAGGGACUGAGUGGAGAUGGACUUGUCUUGUUAAGCAGGGACACGGGCGGCUUCGAGAACAUAUGAUGUAAUGUGUACUUUUUUCUCUUCUCUUCUUCUU